AUGCCGCUGUUCAAAGUAACGUUAUUAAUUUUUGCUAUUAUUUUUAUAUGUAUCUCGAAUUGUGAUCACUUGAAUGUUGGUACCAGUGUGAACAGUAUGUUGGCAUACGUAGAAGAAGUAAAAUUGUCUGCUAUACCACUUAAAAUAAGAACAAAGAACGUAUUUUAUAAUAAUGGAACACAUCCGAAGGUUAUUAAGGGCAUUACAGCAGUAGAUUAUCUUGAUUCAAAGGCCAAAGCGACGGUGACAGCUGGUGGUGUUGGAUCAACUUUUGCCAACAUAAAAUUAAAAAGUGAGCGCGGAAAUGGACUGAGUUAUCAAGUACAAAUAUUUGUUUAA